AUGACAAGCAGUGACGAUGAGAAUCUAGUCGUCAUCCCCGUGGCGGACUCUUUGAGUGACGGGGAUGAGGCCACGUGGAGACUCGACGAUCCUCAGUUCAAGUACCGCAAGCUCGACGACACCAGAUGGCGACUGCAUCUCGCCCAGAUGUGGGUCGAGAGGACCGGUGCCAGUGAGCAGGGCGUCACUUAUAUCCUGGAAAAGCUUCCUGAUGGCUAUGGUCUCUUUGAUCGGCCUCGUGGUUCUAAUCCCAGCGAGCGAGAUUCGUUUCUCUUUGGACACCCCAGCGGAUUCUACUUCCAGUCACGCCUCGCCUUCUUUCCACAUUUCUACUGGCUGAUGACCAAUCGCGAGGGCACAUGCGGAUGUGCAAACUGCGCAAGAGCUGCAAGGUCAGCGGUGCCUCGAAAGCGUCGCACCAAGGCCGAAAUGUUGAUGGCCAAGGGACUACCCGUCCGGACAAUCCACGAACUCAACCCCAAGUACCCUUCUGAUGAAGAGGGCCCUGACUACUGGCGAAUCCACAUCAUGGACAUGAAGGAGAAGGGUGCGGUCGACGAAGAAAUAAAUCACCGUCUCAAUAUGGACUGGGCGCUGACGCAUGAGCAACUCACGGAUUAUUUCGUCCGCCUGACCCUCCAGGCCUCUUUCAUUCCCCGUCGAGGCGAGGUUGUCUUGUGGACUCCCGACCUGGAUGGCACCCUGGAGUACAAUGCCCAAGCCAAGUGUUUUCAAAUCAAGCAUGAAGAUGGCUCCUGGAUCGGAAGGCCUCAAUGGCGUGCCGGAAUUGUCACCCAGGUCCCGGAAGAAGAGUGCAACUUCAUGGACAUCUUCCGGCUCACCAAAAAGAAGAACGAUCUGAUAACCUACUCUGGGUUCCGUGUCGAGACACUGGUUGACCCACUCAGUGAUGAGAAGGUGUACUCACACCAGUAUAAAUACGUUCCGCUGAAAAACAUCAAGCCGUUCGGUGCUUAUGAGCAAUUCCUGUGGCCCCUGGCCCGUGAACAAUUCCACCCAUCCAUUGAAUACGCCUUGACAACAAUGGCGUCAUGGAGUUUGCUGCAUUACACCAAGCUCAAGGGCACUUGGCCCGACGCCAAUCUUUACUGCAAGGGGAUCUGGAUCGGCCACGAGCUACUAGCCGUCAAGGACGUUGUGCGGCUGAAGCCGCUCGGGCUGACCGCGGACAUAAUGGAAGAUAUAACCAACACGACAAAAGACGAAAAAGUCACAGACGUAAUGGUCAUCGAACAAAUCUGGCUCUCACUGGAAGGCUGUAUCGACGACCCCAAGGAUCCCCAGUAUGCAAGAUCCUAUCAGCCCUACGUUGCAGGCAAAGUGUAUACAGUGGACCCAAAGCGACUCGACCGUCCGAUGGGCUUCGAUCGGGAUAAGCUGCAGCGGUUGACCGACAGUGAAGUCGACAUGACGUUCCAGUGCGUCGGCAUGCAAGGCUACGGUCCGUGGUACCGCAUGGCAGGCGGGCGGCUCUGCGCUGUAACGAAGAACAUGCUUCUGGGUCGAUGCUACGAGCCCGAAGCGGCGUACCUUCAUUUCGGCACGUUCAAAGAUCUCGGCUACGAUCUGCAUAGUAUGCUAAGCGGCCGAAGAUUCUCAGCCCAUGCAGACACGCGCAUCCCAGAGGGAGUAAACUGGUUCUGGGGCGACUACCGCGCCGAGACGCUGGGAUUGGCUACGAUGAACGGCGUGGAGGUUGGUCCUGCUGCCGAGCAACGUGAGAACAUGCCGAGGUGGCAGGCAGUUCUGCGUAUCCUGAACGACUGUGCCCGUGGUGGCGAUUUGAGGCUUGCGUUCAAGGAUCCCCGAGAAGAUGAAAGUCGAGGCCCUGGUCGUCCACCGAAGAAGCAUUUCGCAGCGGGUAAACUCGUUAGCACGGGACUUGGCCAGAAGGCUGAGAGCCUUGAUGAGGAGACGGAGGAGUAUGCCGAGGGGCUAAGUGGGAAUGUCUCGGAGAUGGAACUUUCCGGGGAACAGUUGACUGCGUCUAUUCCAUUCCGUGAGAAAGCGGAGGAAGAGAUCGACGACUCGGACGAAUAG